UCCCUUGAUACCACUACCUUCCACAUGGGGAUGGAACGAUGGAAAUGGAGGUGGAGAUGGAAAUGGAUAUGGGAGAAUCCUUUCUACAGAGGCUUCUGCACAAUCCCCAACUCAAGCAUCUCCCAACCCGGCUCUGUUCAGGUUCAACAUGUCUACACUCUCUGUGCCCGAGGUCAACUCCAGGAGGCGCUCACCCUUUUCUAUGCCAUUAACAUACCCCAUUCACAAGCCUACGCCACCCUCCUCCAAGGCUGUGCCCGGCACCGCUGCCUCGACCAAGGCCGAGCCCUCCACCACCAUAUGCUCGCCCACAACCACGAACCUGACCUCUUUGUGACCAAUCAUCUUAUCAACUUUUACGCUAAGUGUGGCUGCUUGGAUGUCGCUCGUCAACUGUUCGACCAAAUGCCCCAUAGAAACCUGGUUUCUUGGACUGCUCUUAUCACUGGUUACAGCCAGCAUGACCGACCCGAGGAUUGCUUUCAACUCUUCUCCUACAUGCUUGCCCACCACCGUCCCACUGAAUUCGCCUUUGCAAGUGUUCUUGGCUCUUGUGAUUGCAUUCGAGGCCGGCAGGUACAUGCCCUCGUCUUAAAGACCUCAUUUGAUGCUUAUGUUUACGUUGCAAACGCUCUUAUUACAAUGUACUCGAAGAGCUUAUACUCUGAUGACGCUUGGGUCAUCUUUCAAACCAUGUCAACACGUAGUCUUAUCACUUGGAAUUCGAUGCUCGCAGGGUUCCAGCUUUGUGGUCAUGGGGCCCAAUCGCUGGACCUCUUCUCUCGAAUGCACUGUGAUGGUAUUGGAUUUGAUAGGGCGACAUUUUUAAGCGUUAUUUCUUCUUUGUGUUCAGAGGGUAACGAUGUUGUUUUGGGCCUUGAGCAUUGUUACCAAUUGCACUGUCUGGCUUCCAAGACUGGGUUUGUAUCUCAGGUUGAGGUUGCCACGGCCUUAAUGAUUGCCUAUUCGAAGCUUGGAGGGGAUGCCAGCGAGUGUUAUAGGCUCUUCACUGAGACAAGUGAUUGUCAAGAUGUUGUUUCAUGGACUGGGAUUAUAACAUCUUGUGCAGAACAGAAGCCGGAACAAGCACUUCUACUCUUCAGUCAGCUGCGGUGGGAAGGCUUAAAUCCGGAUUGCUAUACUUUCUCAGCUGUCAUCAAAGCAUGUGCAUGCCUCGCUACUGAGCAACUUGGGUCAGCUGUCCAUGCUCAAGUCGUCAAGGCUGGGUUCGAGGAAGAUACUGUGCUUGCUAAUGCCCUUAUACAUGCCUAUGCACGGUGCGGCUCCAUCUGCUGGUCAGAGCAAGUUUUCAACCGUAUAGAGUUUCCCGACACUGUGUCUUGGAACUCAAUUUUCAAAGCUUAUGCUUUGCAUGGGAAAGCGGUGGAGGCAUUACAACUCUUUGAGCAAAUGAAUGUCCAGCCUGAUGCUGCCACCUUUGUUGCUCUCCUCACAGCUUGUAGCCAUGCUGGACUCGUAGAUGAAGGAACUAAAAUCUUUGACAUGAUGGUUCAGAAUUAUAGAAUUUACCCUCAACGUGACCACUUUGCAUGCAUGGUUGAUAUUCUAGGGCGAGCUGGGCACCUUCUUGAGGCUGAGGCUCUGAUUUACAGAAUGCCAAUGGAGCCUGAUUCUGUGAUCUGGAGUGCUCUGCUUGGUGCAUGCAGGAAACACCGAGAACCCAAGAUGGCUGAGCUGGCAGGGAGGAAGCUGAUGGAGUUGGACCCGAAAAAUUCACUAGGCUAUGUAUUGAUGUCAAAUAUAUAUUCUUCCGAGGGUUGCUUUCAUAAUGCAGCUUUUAUUAGAAAAGAGAUGAAAGGGUGUAGAGUGAGAAAGGAACCUGGCUUGAGCUGGAUUGAAAUUGAGAAUCAGGUACACGAGUUUGCCUGUGGAGGACAACGCCAUCCACAGCGAGAGGCCAUAUGUGCCGAGCUUGAAGUGUUGGUUGGACAGUUAAAGGAGAUGGGUUAUGUGCCAGAGACAAACUCGGCCUUGCAUGAUAUAGGGGAGGAGCACAAGGAGGAGCUGUUGUUUUGUCACAGUGAGAAGUUGGCUUUGGCAUUUGUGGUGAUGAAUUCUGGCCGAAGUGAUUGGAAGACCAUAAGGAUUAUGAAGAACAUUAGGAUUUGUCUCGACUGUCAUAACUUCAUGAAAUUAGCAUCAGAUCUUCUUCAAAGGGAGAUUCUGGUGAGAGAUUCAAACCGUUUCCACCAUUUUAGAGAUGGUUUGUGCUCUUGCAGUGACUAUUGGUGACCAACCAACAUCAUCCAACAGCAGUAUGUCUUCAUUUUGUUCGCUGUGCUUUACAUUUUUUCAGAUGUAGUGGUGCACAUAGAAGAGGAAUAGCCUAAUCUCCCCACUUCAACUAUCAAUUAGGUUGCAUUUUAUGGAGAUCUAGCAAACUUGAGAGAUUUUCUUGCAAUGAAGUAAUCUGAUUUUAUUUCCCCCAAGGUUUUCAGUCCUCAGUUACCACGGUCAACAUGAUUU